GGCGGCGGGUUCCGGGUGGCUGCAGCGGCAGGAGGAGCCGGAGCCGCCUGGGAUGUUCAGUCAUGAAACGAGUACGCACAGAACAGAUUCAGAUGGCAGUAUCCUGCUACCUCAAACGACGCCAAUAUGUAGAUUCAGAAGGCCCUCUAAAACAAGGAUUGCGGUUGUCUCAGACUCCUGAAGAGAUGGCAGCUAAUCUCACAGUCCAAUCAGAAUCUGGUUGUGCCAACAUAGUGUCUGCAGCCCCCUGCCAGGCUGAGCCUCAGCAAUAUGAAGUACAGUUUGGACGAUUACGGAAUUUUCUCACUGAUUCUGAUUCCCAGCACAGCCAUGAAGUGAUGCCUCUCCUAUAUCCUCUCUUUGUCUACCUCCAUCUUCACAUGGUCCAGAAUGGCCUGAAGAGCACAGUGGACAGUUUUUACAGCCGCUUCCAUGGAAUGUUUUUGCAGAAUGCCAGCCAGAAGGAUGUCAUUGAGCAGCUACAGACCACUCUGACCAUUCAAGACAUCCUGUCCAACUUCAGACUCCGGGCAUUCCUGGAUAAUAAGUAUGUGGUCCGCCUCCAAGAGGACAGCUACAAUUACCUUAUCCGCUACCUCCAAAGUGACAACAACAGUGCCCUGUGCAAAGUUCUCACCUUACACAUUCAUCUUGAUGUGCAGCCUGCCAAGAGAACAGACUACCAGCUGUAUGCCAGUGGCAGCUCCUCACGAAGUGAGAGCAAUGGCCUGGAGCCAGCAGAUAUGCCCACAUCUAUUUUGCAGAAUGAGGCUGCUCUGGAUGUCCUGCAAGAGAGCAUUAAGCGAGUCAAGGAUGGGCCCCCUUCACUUACCACAAUUUGUUUCUAUGCCUUCUAUAACACUGAGCAAUUGUUGAACACUGCAGAAAUCUCCCCAGACAACAAGCUGCUAGCUGCUGGGUUUGAUAAUUCCUGUGUAAAACUUUGGAGCUUGAGAUCCAAGAAGUUAAAAUCAGAGCCUCAUCAGGUGGACGUGUCUCGCAUCCGUUUGGCUUGUGAUGUUCUGGAUGAAGAGGAAGAUGAUGAUGACAACGUGGGCACAGAAAUGAAGAUCUUGAGAGGGCAUUGUGGGCCUGUGUACAGUACAAGGUUCCUAUCAGACAGCUCAGGGUUGCUAUCUUGCUCCGAAGAUAUGUCUAUUAGAUACUGGGACCUUGGAAGUUUUACCAAUACUGUAUUGUAUCAAGGCCAUGCCUACCCCGUCUGGGAUCUGGAUAUCAGUCCAUGCAGCCUAUACUUCGCCAGCGGUUCCCAUGACCGCACUGCAAGACUCUGGUCAUUUGAUCGGACGUACCCAUUGCGAAUAUAUGCAGGACAUCUAGCAGAUGUGGACUGUGUAAAAUUCCACCCUAAUUCAAACUACUUAGCUACGGGCUCAACUGAUAAAACUGUUCGUUUAUGGAGUACUCAGCAAGGAAAUUCUGUGAGGCUCUUCACAGGUCAUCGGGGUCCUGUGCUUUCACUUGCAUUUUCUCCAAAUGGUAAGUACUUGGCAUCUGCCGGUGAGGACCAGCGGUUGAAGCUAUGGGACUUGGCAUCUGGUACCCUCUACAAAGAAUUGAGAGGCCACACGGACAAUAUCACCAGCCUUACUUUCAGCCCAGAUAGUAGCUUGAUUGCCUCUGCAUCCAUGGAUAACUCUGUUCGGGUUUGGGAUAUUCGGAACACUUAUUGCAAUGCUCCUGCAGAUGGUUCUUCCAGUGAACUUGUUGGUGUCUAUACUGGGCAGAUGAGUAAUGUACUGAGUGUUCAGUUUAUGGCCUGUAACCUCCUUCUAGUGACUGGAAUUACACAAGAAAAUCAGGAACAUUAAUUUUUUUCUUUUUAAUAAAUUGGGAUAGUGGUGGAAGGCUUUGCAAUUAUAAGAGUCUUACUACAAACUGAGAUUAAAUCAAUGACUGUGAAA